GGUUCCAGUUGUUCGUACCUAACGGCCACCACAGCCUCUAGCCAUGCCGGUAGACAUCAGCAAGUGGGCCGGGCCCCUGAGCCUACAGGAGGUGGAUGAGCGGCCCCAACACCCACUGCGGGUCACCUAUGGAGGGGUGGAAGUGGACGAACUCGGCCAAGUGCUGACGCCCACCCAGGUUAAGAACAGACCCAGCAGCAUUUCUUGGGAUGGCCUUGACCCAGGGAAACUCUACACGCUGGUCCUCACAGACCCCGAUGCUCCCAGCAGGAGAGACCCCAAGUACAGGGAGUGGCACCAUUUUCUUGUGGUCAACAUGAAGGGCAACGACAUCAGCAGUGGGAAGGUCCUCUCGGAUUAUGUGGGUUCCGGGCCUCCCAGUGGCACCGGCCUCCAUCGCUACGUCUGGCUGGUGUACAAGCAGGACAAGCCCCUCAAGUGUGACGAGCCUGUUCUCAGCAACCGGUCAGGAGACCACCGCGGCAAAUUCAAGGUGGCGGCCUUCCGCAAGAAGUACCACCUGGGAGCCCCGGUAGCCGGCACGUGUUACCAGGCGGAGUGGGAUGACUAUGUGCCCAAGCUGCACAAGCAGCUGUCUGGAAAAUAGGGAAGUCAGUCACUUGACGGUCCUGGCCACCCCCCUGCAGUGUCUUCUGAACAACAAGUGGCACGACUCUCCUCUUCUCACUCCCAUCCUGCAAACGGGAGACUCGAGCUGUCGUAGAGCGGUAGUUUAGGGUGACUCUUUCUUGUUGUUUGCCCUAAAGACUCUAAAUAACUGCAUGUCCCAGUUUGUUUUGAUCAAAUUUAAGCUCCAUCUGGUGAAUAUUUGGCACUAUGAUGGGGUUGUUAUAUUGUUAAUAAGAAGAUAGUAACUCCAAAAGCAGAGAAGAAAAAAACCCAAGUAAAAAGACCAGGUCUACAGGAAGAUGGCUAAGUAUCCGUCCUUAUGAAGAGACAGGUGCGAUGCCUCAGCCUCCAUUCUGAUCAGGAGCUGUUUCACAGCUGACCCCAUCUGAUGAGACUCGUUCUAAGUCCUGUCUCCGCCAGCACAACCAGAGACUUCCAUCCUGGAUAAUCCCAGACAGUACAGCUAAACAAAUAUCUGUGUCUUGUGGCUCCAUUAAAAAGAGCUGGGAAAAGCAAUGAGGAAGAUGGCUUUGCUGUGACCUGGCUUGGCCGGGGCGCCCUGCUGCAGUCCUGGAUUGCAGUCCUGGAUUGCAGUCCUGGACCGUCAAUGGGAGUCCUUAACUCAAUUCCUGCUAAGUCAAUUGCUCGUCACUGGUGCAAGAAGAGCUAAUCUGGAGCUGCUUAUGUUAAUUCUGUUUGCUUAUUGUCAAAUAAAAAUUUAAAAGGGAAAAAAAAAUCCCCAUACAAUGGA